AUGGCGGGUCCAGUGGUGCUCGUCACGGGAUGCUCCUCCGGUGGUAUCGGAUCGGAGCUCUGCAAAGCCUUCGCCGCUAAAGGCUGCCGCGUGUUCGCUACCGCACGCCGACCCGACUCCAUGCAGGAUUUAGCAGGGUUGGGAAUCGAGACAGUGCAGCUAGAUGUGACGUCCGCAGCCUCCAUUCAGGAAGCCGUCAGCACAGUCAUUGCCAAGGCGGGCAGGAUAGACAUACUGGUGAACAAUGCGGGGGCGGGCUGUUUUGGUCCCAUGGCUGAGAUGCCUCUGGAUUCAUUCCGCAGCAACAUGGAGACCAACGUGGUUGGCCUGCUGGCCGUUACCCAGGCCGUGGUGCCUCACAUGGUGGAGCAGGGAAGUGGCAAGGUCGUGAACAUAGGGUCUGUCUCAGCAUGGAUCACCACACCCUUUGCUGGCACCUACUGUGCGGCCAAGGCAGCAGUGCACAGCAUCACUCAUGCGCUCCGAAUGGAGUUGAAGCCGUUUGGCAUUCAAGUCAUGCUCGUCGCACCAGGCGCCAUCAGGUCCAACUUUGGUGGCAACUCCUCCUCCUCCGUCUCCCACCUGCGUCUCAAGAUAUUCUCCCGCUUUCAGAAGCAGAUAGAGGCACGGGCGGGGGCGUCUCAAACGCCCCAGUCCACGCCAGGAGAUGUGUUCGCCAGGGCUUUAGUGGAGAAAGCCUUGGCCAAGAAGGUGCCAAUAGAGUGGGCGUUUGGACAUCUGAAUACGAGGCUGAUACCCAUCGUUCUUCUCCUUCUGUUCGUCGGCUCGCACUCAGUGCACCUGGCACCUUCAACCCUGCCGAGCCGCCGUGGUCUUCUCACCAAACCCACUCCGCCUUCUAAAACUGCACAUGGCCGCGACGCCAACGUUACCACCGCCCCAGUGGCUCCGAAGGUCGUCGCCGCGGCAAGUAAUGAUUCCGAAUCAAGCGGGUCGACCGCGGAUUUCAACAACACGUCAAGUGUUUCAAACACUGAAAAUAAUUCCGCCUCAACUCUCCCUCCGCGUGCUCCUGCUCAUCACGUUGACGAUGUUGGCGCGGCAGAGAAAGACGCACCCUUGAAGGUUGUGGGCGCGGGCGCUGCGGGCAAGGGCGCGGUGGAAAAGGGCGCAGCAGGCAAGGGCGCAACGGGCAAGGGCGCUGCAGGGAAGGGCGGAGCGGGAGCUACCGCAGCGGGUAAGGGCGCGGCGAACAAGGGCGCAGCAGGCAAGGGGGCGCCGGUCAAGGUCGCGGAAGGCAAGGGCGCGCAGGGCAAGGUUGCGGAAGGCAAGGGCACUCCGGGCAAGGUAGCGGAAGGCAAGGGCGCGCCGGGCAAGGUCGCGGAAGUCAAGGGCGCGCUGGGCAAGGUCGCGGAAGGCAAGGCCGCUCCGAGCAAGGCCGCGGAAGGCAAGGGCGCAACGGACGCUGGCGCAGCGGAUAAGGGCGCGGCGAAGAAGGGCGCAGCAGGCAAGAGCGCAACAAACAAGGGCGCGACAGACAAGGGCGCAACGAACGCACAGCACGCCGCGCCGCCUCACAUGGCCGCGCCGCCUCACAUGGCUACGGCUGAGGAUGUGGCGAUCCACACCGUGAAGACGGCAUCGAGCAAUCAUCCUGCUGGGUCGAACGCCCAGCGCGCCGCGCGUCCUCAUAUGGCGACGGCUGAGGACGUGGCGAUUUUUCACCCGGGAUCAGAAAAGGCGACGGCGGAAGGCGCAACAGUGGCUCCGAUGCGAACGGCGGAGGGAGAGGCGCGUCCUCACAUGGCGACAGCUGAGGAUGCGGCGAUCCACACCCUGACGACGGCAUCUGCGAGUCAGAGCGCCGCGAACCAGCCUGCUGCUUCGAUUAUGGGAGCAAGCAAGAAUCCCGUGCGUCCUCACAUGGCGACGGCUGAGGAUGUGGCGAUCCACACCCCGAGCCCUAGCGGCGCUGAGACGGCAUCAGGAAAUCCUGCCGGGACAAACGCACAAUUGCGCCAACACCACGCGCGUCCUCACAUGGCGACAGCUGAGGACGUGGCGAUCAUUCACCCGGGAUCAGUACAGGCGAUGGCAACGGCAGCGCCGAUGGGAGCGAAGGAGGGAGCGGCGCGUCCUCACAUGGCGACGGCUGAGGACGUGGCGAUUAUUCACCCGGGAUCAGCAACUAUGACGGCGGCGGCGGCGGCGGUGGCGCCGAUGCAAGCAGAGGAGGGCGAGGCGUGGAGAAAUGUGGCGGUCGAUAAUGACAGGGAGAACGACAACGUCAGAGACGGCGACAGGAUGAGUGACAGCGACCGGGACGGCGACAAUGAGAAGGACAAUGUCAAUGAUGCAGUGCAGUGGCAUGGAAGGGAGAGCAGCAGCACGCGCAUGAAUGUUGACAGCAAGGGACAGCGACGCCGGGGCAGGACUCGUGGCUCUGGCAAGGGAGCAUCAUCCCUCUUGUCUCGCUUCAGCAACAGCCGUGGGUGGGAGCCUCGCGGCAAUCACCGCACUGGGCUGGACAAGGCACAGCAGUUUCGCAUGGCGACGAGCAGCGAUGUGGCCAUUCGCGAGGGAGGGAUUCAAGGCGCGAACCGUGGUGUGCACUACGGGAGCAACAAUGGCAACAACGGCUGGGAGCUUGAGGACAAUCAGCGCAACGGGUUCCACAAGGCACAGCAGUUUCGCAUGGCGACGAGCAGCGACGUGGCCAUUCACAGGAGCGGGGUGCAAGGCGCGGACCUUGGUGUGAACCGCAGGAGCUGGCUUGACAUGGCACCAGGGUUCCUCAUGGCAACAGCCAGGGAUGUCGCCAUUCCCACGAGCGGGGUGCAAGGCGCGGACCGUGGUGUGAACUAUGGGAAUGAGCGGUUGGGCGCACAAGCUGAGGGCGGCGAUUGCGAUGGUGACAACAACGGCGGCGGCAUUGACAACGGCGGCGAGAACGCCAACGGAGACGGCGGAGGAGGAGGAGGGCAGAUCGACAUUGGCGCGAUCCUGGAGGUGCACAACGUGGCGCGGCGGGAGGUGGGGGUGCCGGACCUGGCAUGGGACGACGGCGUGGCAGCAGCAGCGCAGGAGUGGGCGGAUCAGCUGGCGGGCGCGGGGUGCCCGCUGCAGCACGGCGGCGCGGAGGGGCUCGGGCAGAACCUGUACUGGCGCGCGCCGGCCGCGCUGACCCCCGAGGAGGAUCGCAUGGCGGUGCAGGCGUGGGUGGAUGAGAAGGCGGAUUGGAGUUAUAGCCCCGUGCCGGAGGGGUGCGCGGAGGGGCGGAUGUGCGGGCAUUACACGCAGGUGGUGUGGGCGGGGACGACCCAUGUGGGGUGUGCGUCGGCGCAGUGCCCUGAUGGGGGUGGCAUGUGGGUGUGUGAUUACUCGCCCCAGGGGAACAUCAUUGGGUCCACUCCGUUCUAG